AUGAGCGGCAGUGACAAAGACUCCAAGCUGGAGGGCACUGAAAAGGUGCUGGACAAGCGGACAACGCUGCUCAGGCCCCCGGCGCCUGAUCCGAACAAGGCGCCCAUUGAGCACACGGUCGAGGUGACGCCGCUGGCGGUGCUGGGCGAGGACAUCUUCACCAACACGCGCCCGCUAUGGCUCCCCCAGGGCGCGCGCGGCGUCUACGGAGGCGCCGUCAUCGCGCAGAGCCUGGCGGCGGCGCAGAUGACGGUGCGCGACGACUUCCUGGUGCACUCGUGCCACUGCUACUUCCUGCUGGCGGGCUCGGCGACGAUCCCCAUCAUGUACCACGUCGAGCGGGUGCGCGACGGCCGGUCCUUUGCGACGCGGACGGUGCAGGCGCGGCAGAGGGGCAAGUGCAUCUUCACGACGACGGUCAGCUUCGUGCGCGAGGGCAGCGGCGGGGCGAGGCAGAUCCGGCACGCGGCGGCGCUGCCCGAGGGCGUGGAGAUGCCGGACGCGGCAGGGAGUGAUGGUGGCCAAGGAGGGGAUCCGUUCCUGAGCCGGCGGAUCGAGAUGCUGCGGGUGCGGGAUCCGGACGCGAGGCCGGACCAGAUGAGGGUGCGGCAGUGGCACCGCUGCAAGGGCAAGAUCUCGGCGUCGGGGGGCCACCAGGCGCACCUCAACGCGCUGGCGUACAUCUCGGACAAGUACUUUGUCGGGACGGUGGCGCGGAUUCACCGGCUGUGGCGGCUGGGCAUGACGCCGGAGCAGGUGGCGGCGCUGCCCGAGGCGGAGCUGAAGCGGGUGCGCGCGUUCCUCGAGUUCGAGGGCAUGGGCGGCCGGCUGGAGGACUGGGUCGACCGGCCGCGGAUGGGCAUGAUGGUCAGCCUCGACCACAGCAUCUACUUCCACGAGCCGAAGCGGGUGCGGGCGGACGAGUGGAUGUUUUCGGAGAUGGAGAGCCCCUGGAGCGGCGACGGGAGGGGGGUGGUGAUGCAGAGGAUCUAUGCGCAGGACGGGACGCUGCUGGCGAGUUGUAUGCAGGAGGGCGUGGUGAGACUGCAGCAGGACGAGACGGAAAGGGGGGCCAAGCUGUGA